AUGAGCGAACACUUCACCCGUCCGACCCGCUCCCUCGCCGGCCGCGUCGCCAUCGUGACCGGCGCAGGCGCAGCAGGCGAAGGCAUCGGCAACGGACGAGCCUCAGCAAUCCUCCUGGCUGAAGCAGGCGCCUCAGUAGUAUGCGUAGAUCUGGACAUCUCACUAGCCCAACGUACAGCCGAAAUGAUCCAAACCGAUGGACACGGGAAAGUAGUGGCGAUCAAAGCCAACGUUGCCUCAGAACCAGACUGUAAAGCUGUCGUUGAGAAAGCGGUCAGUGAGUAUGGGAGGGUUGAUAUUUUGGUGAAUGGGGUUGGAGUUGGUGGUGCGACUGGAACGGCAGUAGAUGUUGAUAUGGCGGCUUGGGCGAAGAGUAUGGAGGUAAAUGUGGGAAGUAUGGUAAUGAUGGCGAAGUAUGCGAUUCCGGAGAUGAGGAAGAAUGAAGGGCAGCAGUGGAGGGGGAGCAUUGUCAAUCUUGCGAGUGUUGCGGGCAUUCGAGGUGGCAACCCGCAUCUGCUUUAUCCUACGAGUAAAGGCGCCAUUGUGAACAUGACGCGAGCAAUGGCAUCGCAUCAUGCUGAGGAGGGUAUCAGAGUAAAUUGUGUGUGUCCCGGCAUGGUGUACACCCCUAUGAUGUACAGUUCUGGGAUGUCCGAAGAGGCAAGAGAAUCUCGAAAGAACCGAAGUCUCCUCAAGACAGAAGGUACUGCAUGGGAUGUCGGAGCUGCGAUCAGGUUCCUGGCUGGUGAUGAAGCUCGGUGGAUAACAGGCGUGAUACUGCCUGUGGAUGCAGGUGCGACUGUCGCAACAGGCUCUGAUGUUCCAAGCGUGAAUCCAGAGGCAGCUGCUCAACCGAGCCAGUGA